CGAAUUUUGUUGUCAAUUUUGUCAAAUCAAAUAUCGUCACCAUCAGCAACCUGUCAUUUCGGUCGAUUGUUAUCAUAAUUGCUACUAAAAAUACGUAUCUAGAAACGAAGGAGUGCUUUCUUUUGUGUUCAGUGUUAUUAAUUACUCAUAAAGUGGCGAAGGAACUUUGUAACUAAUGUCGAAAUUCGAGGACAAUCCGUUUAGCGAUCCAACCAUAGACAACCCCUUUGCUGAUCCUGCGGUACAGCAAGUGGCGAGAAGUACAAACAAUGCGACUCGUGGUCUCGACGAUUACAAUCCCUUUGACGGACAGCAAAAUGCAAAUCAGGCUACGCCCUCACAACAACCUACACAACCAGCAAUCAUGCAGGCUGUAUCACCACCCACCAGUGGUGGUGGUCAGUACCAAAGACCACAACAGCAACAGCAGCAGCCACAAGGACCUCCACCUAAUUUCACUACUGCCGAUUUUCAGAGACGACAAGAGGAGCUAGAACGCAAAGCUGAGGAAUUAGCACGGCGGGAAGCAGAGCUGCGAGCGGGGUCCGCAGGCCGUCGCAAUAACUGGCCCCCGCUACCUGCCUUUUGUCCCGUACAGCCUUGCUUCUACCAAGACAUCAACGUCGACAUACCACUGGAGUUCCAAAGGAUCGUACGGCACUUAUAUCAUUUGUGGAUGUUCCACGCGCUAGUCCUAGCUGUGAAUAUCAUCGGUGGCAUGGCGAUAAUGUUCGCCGGCGAAGGCGUUGAGACUUUUGGCUUAUCAAUCCUCUACUUCUUACUUCUAACGCCGUUCAGCUUCAUAUGUUGGUACCGACCAAUCUACAAGGCCUUCAGAAGUGAUUCAUCCUUCAACUUUAUGGUCUACUUCUUCAUAUUCCUGUUCCAAAUCAUUAUCACCAUUGUACAGUCUAUUGGAUUCUCUGGUGGAGGUUCUUGCGGACUCAUCACCAGCAUUUCGAUGUACAAAACCAGCGUGGCGGUUGGAAUCAUCACCACGUUGAUCACUGUUGGUUUCAUCACAUGUGUAGUGGUUGACGUUAUGCUAAUGGCUAAGGUACACCGCAUCUACCGAUCAACAGGCGCUUCGCUAGCGAAAGCCCAAGCGGAAUUCACGACAGAAAUAUUACGCAAUCAACACGUACAGACGGCUGCGUCCAGCGCCGUCGCCGCAACCGUCAAUGCGCAGAUCGCCAACGCUAACGCCAAUAGAUACUAACCUAGCCUGAAAGUGGUAUAUUGAUUAGAUAAAAAAGAAAACUAUUUGUAGAAGUCAGGAAGUACAUACAUUUAAAAAUUUACUGAAAUAGUCUUUAACGAUCACUAUUUCUAUGUAUUUUCAUGAAUUUUUAUAUAUUAUAAUUUGUUGUUAUAAGAAUACGGUUCGCAAUAAAAAAAUUCGCUGC